AUGCUGAACAAUCUCAAAACAUUGAUUGCUUUUGAAAGUGAUUGGCCUUAUCAAGGACCAUACUAUCGAAUGGGCCGAGAUCGAGCGUCUCGUCUCUUAUGGGAGUCGAGUCCAACUUAUCAGAUCAUCGCCAAAUGUAACUGUUCACCGUGUUGUGAAACGGGGAUUUUUCCGGAAAAUGCGCCGAUUUCUGAGUUAAAUUUGUCUUUGCUCAUUGCUACUUUCACUAUAUUGCUGAUCAUCGUUAUUGUGAUUGUUUCGCUCAAAUAUUGCUGCCUCUUGAGAAUCAGGAUAAAGAGGAGAGAGGAGAUAAUUCUUUUAGCUGAUGACGAGUCAGUGAUGUUGCGCUUGAUUGGAAGUGGUGGAUUUGGGCAAGUCUACGAGUUGGUCGGACAGAAACCAGCAGCUGUCAUCAAAAUCAUGAACGCUUCACCGAAAUUCUACGAAAGCGUUGAACAUGAAUACAAACAUUUGAAAUUGAUGAAACAUCCCAAUGUGGUCCGCUUGUUGCAAACGGAAAGAAUGGAGAAGAGAGGCGAAGUCGGUAUUGUGAUGGAGUACUGUCAACGGGGAGAUUUGAAAAAAUUAUUAUUGGAUCAAACGAUCGUCUACUCGAUGAAAACGGUGUACUGUUGGACGGUCGAGCUGUUGAAUGCACUUCAAUACAUCUUCGAUACACACAGUGUCAUUCAUCGGGAUAUCAAACCUGAGAACGUUUUUAUCACCGAUAAGUGGUGUUUGAAAAUUGGCGACUUUGGCCUUGCCAAAUUCAUCCAACAGACACAGACGGGCACUUUUGCCGGAACUCUUCGUUACAUGAGUCCAUUGCAAAGGGAUGUUAGCCAAGAUGGAGCCGAGUCUUCAAGCGGUCGACUUUUGGAUUCCCAUCGCAACGAUGUUUACGGUAUUGGCUUGGUUCUAUGGGAAAUGGUCGAGAGGAGAACCGUGCUUGUGGAAUAUGAUCGAAAUGGAAAGUGGCUGCCCCCAAUUGUCCUCGUCAGCUCCAAGAAAUCAUUGAGAGAUGUACAAAUUUUGACCUCUACUUCCGACCAAAAGCUAUUGAAAUUUUCGAAGAAA